CGUCUCGGAGGCGGCCGGGCGGAGCACGGAGCCAUGGCGGCGGCCCCGCUGGCGGCCCCGGGCGGCUCCGGGCCGGCGUCGGCGACGGCUGGGGGGGGCCGAGGAGGCCGCGGGCCGGCCCUGCGUGAGGGCGCCCGGGUGUCGGCGCUGUGCCUGGCUUGGUACGGGCUGAGCGCCGGCGGGAACGUGGUGAACAAGCUGCUGCUCGGCGGCUUCCCCCGGCCCGUCACCGUCUCCCUCUUCCACAUCCUGGGGCUCUGCGGCCUCCUGCCGCCGCUGCUGAGGGCCUGGCGGGUGCCGCCGGCCGGCCCGGCCCAGCUGCCGCCCCGCGCCUACCCCCGCUACAUCCUGCCGCUCGCCUUCGGCAAGUAUUUCGCCUCCGUCUCGGCCCACGUCUCGCUCUGGAGGGUGCCGGUCUCCUACGCGCACACAGUAAAAGCGACGAUGCCAAUAUGGGUGGUUCUUCUUUCACGGAUCAUAAUGAAGGAAAAGCAGACGACGAAGGUAUACUUGUCUCUAAUCCCCAUAAUAACUGGGGUCCUGUUGGCCACAGUCACUGAACUUUCCUUUGACAUGUGGGGACUCAUCAGUGCACUUGCUGCUACUCUAUGUUUUUCACUUCAGAAUAUCUUCUCAAAGAAGGUGUUAAGAGAUUCCCGAAUACAUCAUCUUCGGUUGCUGAACAUACUUGGGUGCCAUGCUGUGUUCUUCAUGAUCCCGACAUGGGUUUUGGUUGAUCUUUCUUCCUUCUUAGUAGAGAACGACUUGAGCACAAUGUCUCAUUGGUCCUGGACCUUGAUGCUACUUAUCAUCAGUGGAUUCUGUAAUUUUGCUCAGAAUGUCAUUGCCUUCAGUAUUCUCAACCUGAUCAGCCCGCUAAGUUACUCUGUUGCAAAUGCCACCAAAAGAAUAAUGGUCAUCACGGUGUCCCUUAUAAUGCUUCGCAAUCCGGUUACUAGCACCAAUGUUCUUGGAAUGAUGACAGCUAUCCUAGGGGUCUUCUUAUAUAACAAGACAAAAUACGAUGCAAACCAAGAAGCAAAGAAGCAGCUACUUCCAGUUACAACUGGAGACCUUGUGAAUUUGGACCGGCAUCGAAACACUCCUGAAAAGUCUCAGAACGGACUUACGGCAUUUGCACAACAUGGAGACUAUCAGUAUGGGCGAACCAAUAUCUUAACAGAUCACUUCCAGUACAAUCGGCAAAACUAUCCAACUACCUACAACUUAAAUCGUUUUGAUAUUUAGAGUCCUGGCACACAGGUAUAGACUGUGAUAUCAAAGUGUCCCCAACAUUAUCAGAAACUUUUAGUACAUCCAUGAAUGUAAAGCCAUUUUAUUGUACAGGUUUUGCAGAAGGGAAGAUGCAUGUGUAGUGGAAGUGGUACAGACCUUCAGCUUCUGCCGAGCAGAUCUUUAAAUGUGAAACAGCUAGAUCUGACACUGGAACGAAAUGCACAGUGUAGCUCUUGUACAGAGAGUCUGGUGAACUGCAGAUACAAAACUUCAGAGCAAAAUACCUGGUGUCACUGCUCCUGCUUGGAAUCUGUCAAUUGAGUAUUCUUUUGGCAGCUAAACUCUGGCCAGUACUUUGUUUCCACACUGAUAACGUAACCUUUAAUUUGUUCUCUAUUAUGUUUUAAUGAUGCUUAGGGGAAAAUUGUAACUGGGCACACUUCUGAUUAUCAGAAUUUGUUGGCUUGGGAGGAUUGACGUAUGUAUAUCAGUUGCAGAUAAGUAGUCUUGAAUUCAUCUUGAGCAAAUAUGAAACUUUGUGUGGGUAUUAAUUACUUCUGUGCCUAUACCUUCAGUUUUUGAUGACAAACCAGAAGUAUUUCUGAAAGAAUAGGCAGUAGGAAGAUUGAUCCCUUCAAGAAGCAUAUUUCAAGCUUCAUAUCUAGAGAAACAGUUUUCUCUAAUGUCAUUAUUGUCCCAGUCACUGUAGUUAACAGAGCUUAAGAUCCUCAUUGUUUUCUGAAUAACAUAGUCCUGUAACUUCAGACAUUGCUCUUCCCUGGCAAUACAGAAAACACCUUGACAAAUAAAAUGUUUGGAAUAAUACAAA